AACAAAUACACACGCUAAUACAUGUUUGUUACUUAUACGGGUAUAUAUUAUUAUACUCUAGUUAACGCGUUAAAUGUUCUUACUGAAUAAAAUAUUAGCGUGAAAGAUCGAAGUGAGUCCAGCGCAUUAUUCGUGCUUUGUGGAGUUACAUGCAAUGCCACUAGUUUCCGAUGCGGGAAUAGUAUAAUUAUACCGGUGUUUAACGGUUCAAAAAUCAAUUGCGAAAUAGGACACACUAAAUUUAUCUUAAAUAUUUCAGCGUUUGAAAUUGUUUGGAAAAAAAGAAAGUGUAAAGACCACGUGCUUUCUAUAUUGUUUCACGGAGACUUUCUGUUUUAUAGGAAAACGGAAAAUUAAAGUGUCGACUUAAAGUACUUCCGUUAUUUAUAUAACUGUGGACAUUAUUUCAAAACGUGCAUCGAUUUCUACUUUCAAUUUAACUUUGUGCUAUAAAGUAAAUGAUAGCAUAACUCAUCGUCAGGCGUUAGAUGUAGCAGUAAAUAUAAAUAGAUAACUAAGUUCACGUUAUUUAUUGAUGAAAAUGUCUUUGUUAAGCCGGAGUGUUAUUUUAUGUCUGUUUAUAUUGGCGGUUUCAGCUUCAUUAACCGAGAAGAUUUUGAAAAUACCGCUUUUUGAAGUUGGAGAAAUAUGGGUAAAUUCUGUGUACAAACUGAAUGAACGGUUAAUUAAUUAUUUAUGGGACAUUGUUGAUAUAUAUUCACCCGUAUUUUACUUGACAUUGUCUGUUUUCAUAUUUUCCGCUUAUCAGAUUUGGGGAUUGGUUUUCCGGCCUAUUAACAGAGUUCGAAUUUUAGGAGAUUUAGGUUACCUUCCCGACGGAAAAUUCACUAAAAAGGAAAUAGCAAAUAGCGUGAAGAAACGACGAGCUUUUGGUGACAUUCCGCCGAUAUAUCCAAACGGGUGGUAUGGAAUUGUUGAAAGCUGGAGACUUAAAAACAGAGACUCGACAAACGUUGCCGUUUUAGGUGAACAGCUAGCUGUGUUUAGAGAUGAAAAAGGAGACUCACACGUGCUGGACGCUUACUGUCCUCAUAUGGGAGCCAAUUUAGCGGUCGGAGGCCGGGUUGUUGGCGACUGCAUAGAAUGUCCAUUUCACGGAUGGAAGUUCAGGGGUCACGACGGAAAAUGCACGACAAUUCCGUACGCGGAGAAAAUCCCUGAAAUUGCCAGGGUUAAAGCAUGGACCAGUAUUGAAAUCAACGGCUGGAUCUACCUGUGGUACCAUGCUGAGGGUAUCGAACCUAACUGGACACCGCAAGAGAUAGAAGAGAUCGCAAAUGGCCAGUGGCAGUAUAAGGGUCGUACUGAACAUUUCAUUAAUUCACAUAUUGAGGAAAUUCCAGAAAACGGGGCGGACGUCGCUCAUCUCAAACAAGUUCAUCAACCGUUUAUCGCCGCUGGCAUUGAUUUGGUUGGCAUGUGGAACAAGUAUUUGAGCUGGGGUCAGCACAACUGGACAGCAGCUUGGACCCAGAUGCCUAGCCCUGAUGGACACAUAGGUUCCCUUAAGCUCACACAUGAUCUGACUUUCUUCGGCAUCAGUUUACCGUUUGUCUUCCUGAACGUCCAUGCUUUGCAGAUUGGACCUGGCAUCGUGUACCUUAAGUUUGACAGCUUCUUCGGUAAGGGCGUGUUUAUCCAGUCUCUAGUCCCUGUGGAACCUAUGGUCCAAAAACUGGUGCACAACAUUUACAUACACUGGGCGGUACCAAACUUCAUAGCAAAGUUUUUCAUGCUGGGAGAAUCUAUACAAGUGGAACGGGAUAUAAUGAUCUGGAAUAAUAAGAAAUACGAGGCAAAGCCGGUAUUUGCCAAAUCAACGGAGGACAGUUUGAUAGCCCGUCACAGACGCUGGUACCAACAGUUUUAUUCUGAACACAGUCCAAGACUGAAGUUCCAGAAAGACACGCUUGAUUGGUGAUGGACUAUAUAUUCUGAUUACAGUACAACAAGAAUCGCUCGACUUUUGACGAACGUUUUUUUCAUCCUGCUAGCCCGGGACCCUGAUAAUAUAUAACACAUUUUCCUGUAAUAGAAUAUUUUUAUACAUGGUAAUGGACCUCAUCAUCAUCAUCAUCAUCAUUAUCAACAACAACAACAAUAACAUCACGGUAAUUAUCGCCACUGGCAUUACUAGCAAUCAUCCUCAGUUAUUCACAUCAUCACCAUCAUCAUUUUAUCAUCAUUGUCUCCGUUGGCACAAUGUGUUUAGAUUUUUUCACAGAAUUCCAAACUUGACAUGUAUAAAGCGAGGUCAGACAGUUUAUUUUGCUCAAGCCGAAAUUCCGUAAAAUCAAUCUAGAUGUUAAAAAAACGUACACACAUUUUUGUGCUUACCAUCGUUUUUACUGCAUCCUUUCCAACAACGCUGUGAUAGAGUCAGUAUUAUCGCGUCAUGUACGCCGCGUCACAUGUACGCCGCCUUAUAUGUACGCCGCGUCACAUGUACGACGCGUCACAUGUACGCCGCGUCAUAUGUACGACGCGUCACAUGUACGACGCGUCACUUGUACGAUGCGUCACAUGUACGUCGCGUCAUAUGUACGCCGCGUCACAUGUACGACGCGUCACAUGUACGCCGCCUUAUAUGUACGCCGCGUCACAUGUACGACGCGUCACAUGUACGCCGCGUCAUAUGUACGACGCGUCACAUGUACGACGCGUCACAUGUACGCCGCGUCACAUGUACGCCGUGUUAUGUACGUGUCAUCAUCAUUGUGUAAAUCAAUCUCCCUAAACGGCAAUAUAUCCAUGCUAUUUGGUCUAUGGUGCAUAAAUAUGAAACAGUGUUCUGAAACCUUAAACAAGCUACACCAAUUAUAGUCAUUUUCAGUUUUUGCUACGUUGGUUCUCGGAAAUGAAAUCUCACACUGUGGGGAGUGGGAAUCCAAGCGGAUUGACUUAUGUUCUGUUAAGAUGAUUUAAAGUAUUAAGAGGGAGUGUAUGAUCCGCUUAUUAAACAUAAAACAACUGGCUUGACCUUACUUUGACAUUUGUACCGCCUUAUAUAAAUAUUAUAUAUAAAUAUUAUAUAUGUGCUAUAUUUAUUUGUACUUUUGUGCCGUGAAACACUUUCAUGAGUUGACUUUUAUGUAGCAAUAUUGAAAAAUCGUAAAAUCGUAGAAUUAAAAGAAAAUUGCAUAAUAAGCACUGAAAACCUUUAAAGCGACUCUUGCACACAUUUUAAUUAGUUGAAGGCAAUGAAAUCCUGGUGCUGUUAAAGUGAAAAGUGAUAUAAACCGAUUGAUGUAUGAUUUUUGCAAGGUAUCUGAAUAAAUAACCAAAACUAUUCUGCAGAAGGGAGUAAACCUUUGAAAUGUUUUUGAAAUUAUGGAAAACAGUCUUCUUGCUUUUCCCUUUAUCUUUUUUUUUCAGUGUAGUAUAUAAUUUUCUAUGGCAAAAUUGCUGGAAAUGAGCGUGUUGGAAAAUUUCACACACAGCUGUGGGCGAGUACCUUUAAAGUUAGAGGAAGGGGCCUCCGUGGCCGAUUGAUUUAGGUUGCUGACUUCGAAUCGUUUGUCUCUCACCAAUGUAGGUUUGAUCCGCAAUCAAGGCAUUGAAUUCUUCAUGCGAGGAAGCUAUCCAGCAGGCUUAUUUGUAAACGGAAGAACGGUGGUUCUAACCAGGUGCCCGCCCAUGAUGAAAUAAUGCUCGGAGGGGCACCUGGGGUCUUCCUCUACCAUCAAAGUUUGAAAGUCAUCAUAUGAACUACAACUGCGUCGGUGCGACUUUAAACAUAACAGCUAGAGCAAGUUUUAUAAGUUCGCUAUAAUUUUACAGAAAUUGUAGGUCUAGGGCAAAACCGUUAUUUUGCGUUUAAUGUAUAAGUCCUGCUGAAACGCUAACUCGUUAUUUUUAUUUUCAUUAUUUUUUUUUGUAAUUGCUCAAUUUGGCAGACCUAUUUUUUCGCUCGUUAUUCUUUGUACGACCGAUUAUUACCUGUAAAUCUUAUCUAGACAAUCUCUGAAGUGCCACGGACUGAAGUAUAUUUUCACCACGUGAUUAUUUUGGUAUUUCACGUGUUUAACACGUUUUCACGUGACCAUUUUGGUAUUUCAUGUAUUUUACACGGUUUCACGCGACCAUUUUUGUGUUUCAUGUAUUUUACACGUUUUUGCCUCAAAUAGUUUUACCAGCAAUCACAAAUGAAGAUGUUGCACUUUUUAUUUAUCAAACUUUAUAUGAAUGUUGCUCACGCUUAGCUUUUUAGCGUUUAGAAACAAUGCAAAGAUUGUUUGUUUAAAAAGUAUACAUGUAGGUAUUUUAGACGUUAUGACAUGUCAAAAGCACUCGAUCGCAGAUUAUUUUUGGUAACUACAUCUAUUUCGCGGAAAAAAAUACUUUGAAGCUGAUUGAACAAUACUAACUUGUUAAAUUUAUAAUUGGUUUACAAAUCAUUCCGGAUGUUAACUGUGUCUGGGUUUCCCUUUAGAUAUAUUUAUUACCAGUCAGUUUAUUAAGAAAGUACACACUUGAACAAUAGAGCGACACAUGUUCUUAUUUGA